AUGCUGCUUAUUGAGAGUUUCGAAGUAGUGCCUGUGCUAACGACAACGACCACUACGACUACAACGACGACAACAACAACGACCACCACGACGACUACUACGCCGACACCGACCACCACACUGUCGCCAUUUGACAGCGACAGCCAAUUGGAGCAGCUCCACCGAGGAGUGCUCCAAGAUCCGGACCUGGACAACCCGUAUAUCGUGCUAAGCCAGCACCAAAUGCAGAAUCUUGAAAUGGUGACAACAAUGUGACCCGACGCCGGGCGCGGCCACUGGUCGGAAGGCUGGCCGCCCCUGCACGGCGCCGCGCCCGCCGCGCCGCCCGCCUGGUGCGUCUGGGCGGCGCUGCUGUUGUACCGC